CGUCUCGUCUGAUAAGGUUAGGUUAUCUGUUUCGACACCUUGACGUUUACGGACCUCUACUCCAUCAUAGCGUUGCAAGUUUGGGAAAACUGCAACUAUGCUGACUCGAGCAAGAAAGCGGGCUCAGAUAUCACUGGCUCCACCCCCGCCCUUAAAGUGUACAGUCGAGGAACCGCCGCCGCCGCCGCCUCCUCCGCCGACGACGCUUCUGUCGCUGCCCGACGUGCCGCUAGUGGAGGUGCUCUCCUACUUGUCGGUCGAGGACCUGGUGCGCGCCGGGCAGGCGAGCCCCCGGCUGGGCGCGCUCACCAGGGAACACGCGUCGCUGUGGCGCGGGAAGGCGAGGAGUUUCAAGAAGUACUACUUCGUGGACGCCGCCGCACUGUCGGUGAUGCUAAGGGCGUUGCCGCCCGUGUACAAGUUGAAGUUCACCACCGUGCGCCGUUCUCCCAUGAUUGUCGUCCAGUUAGAGUGCUUCACCAGGCAGACUCAACUGAAAGCCUUCACCACGUUGGCAGUGGAGGGCAUCACCGCGGAGUGCUGCUCCAGCAUAAUCCAGGAGGUCACGGCUCAUCUGGAGUACCUGGAGAUCUCGGGCCUUGAUCGUGGGCUGGAGUUUAUCCUGCUUGGCUUACGGUCUGCCCGCCUCGUGCGAAAUCUGGACAUCAGCCUGGAAACCUAUUUUUUACAAUGUAACUUCAGCUGGCCGCAGGCGUGGACGUUGCCCAAACUGCGCCACGUGUCCUUGGCAAGCACCGGCGAAUACUACGACGGCUCUCGACAGCAGCGGGGGCCUGAUCACACCGUACUGCAAGCCCUCAACUCGCUGCUGCUGGCGCACACGCGCACGGUGCGCUUCUUGAAUUUGAGGACGUUGCAAAUGAUGCCGUUGCUGCCGCUGCUGGACUCCCGCCCUGGUGUACUCGAGCGGAUGCUCGUGACUGUGACUGUACCUUCUAGACCCGCCGUGGUGCUGCAGCCAAUGAGUCGGCUCCAGGAUCUGAAGAUCCUCUCGAAUAACGACGGGAUGACGAUACUCAAAAGCCAGCUUGUCGCGUUCCUGGAGUCGUGCAAGGGCUCACUGCAACGCCUGGAUGUCGGGAGCUGCGGUACCCAGACGCUCCGCACCCUGGCUGAUGCGAAGCUCAGCGGCCUGAAGCAGCUGGUUCUCAGAUUUGACUUCACGGACUUUCGCCUGCAGCCGGGCGCUCUGCAGGCGGCGCUGGCGAGCCUGCCCAACCUCCAGUCCCUCCACAUCCUGAAGCUGUGGACGCCGACGCUGCCCGAGGCACUCGCCUGCAUCCCCGCUCGAGCCAUCCCGGCGCUCCGCCUCUUGCUCUUCACGGACAGCUUCACGGCUGACCAGGAUGCCGCCCCUUCGUCUGACUACGCGGGCUUUGCACAGUGCCAGGACCUCGUGCGCAGGUCCCCCAUGCCGCUCCACGUAGUUGUGAAGGUGACCUGGCGUACACGUCAAAUCUCGGUUCCUAGUGGUGAGAGGUGCAUCCUCUUCUUCAAGCACGCCGCGACGGCCCAACCGGAUGCGGCCGUGUGUACCCUGUGCACCGAAGCCGAAUCUGCUUUACGCUUGCGCUGCUGCAGCUUCGGCGUCGCCGUGAAAAUUGACGAUCGUGUUCAAGUGCAGUAACCCACACAGACAGUUAACUGUAAUGCUGACACGCCUCAACACAUAAAUUCAUAAAUCAUGUCAUGUAGACGUAGGUGCCGGCUCGGUUAUAGCGGCAGCAGAUAAGCAAUAAUCCGCCAGUCGAGUCACAGAAACUCCUGGCCCUGAACUCCGAGCUGAAGUUUUCCACCUAUGAGCUAAGCUAUUGCUACACACAUGAUCGUUGCGAAUGGUCUGGGCUGCCAUUAGGAGAUGCGGGAUGAUUCGGACCCACCAUCAAAGCAUUAUAAUGCGGACUAGUCAUCAUUCCUCGACUGUGAACUUGUAAAAUAAUUACUUUAUUCCAUUUAAUUUUGUGAUAAUUGUUAGUUUAGGAAUAUCAGACCCUUCCCGAUCCAGACUAAAAGUUUGUUUAUUAUUA